GAGUCACUCUCGUUUCUUAAUAAACUUAAUAAUGAAUUUAGCUCAUUGGUGCAUAGUGCCGAAGAGAAUGCAGUAGAUUAUAUGCUAAACAGUCAGAGCAGACUUGUGGAGGAUAUUGUUUCUAAAUUUUUAAAUCUUAAACUGAAAACCACAUACAUGAUAAAAACUUUAGUAAGAGCCAGUUGCAUCAAAAUCACACUACAGAUAUAUAUUUCACAUGGUAUGUUAAUUUCAGUAUGAAGAUCUCUCUAAAUUUAAAUUGUGGUUUUUGUCAAAAAAUAAUAUAUGAUAUGGACAUGAAAAUGCACUUUAUAUGGCAUUAGUUGUUUAAUAAUAUAUCAUUUGCAGCAUUGUGGCUGAUAAAACCAGCUGCUGAUGCAUUAUUAGAAAGAGAACUUCAUUCUUCAUCGUGUUGUGGUUUUGCCUUAGGGAGAUUUUAAUGGAAACAAAGAGGCCUUGUUGUAUCUAAAGCAAAUUCAAACAAGCUCAGUAGUUUCCUAUCAUCAGAAGUUUGAGUAAAGGUUCAUGUUGGCACAUAUGAUGCAACAAACAACAUAUGAUGCAACAUUUGAUUCAUUAUGAGGCUAGUUUAAGUUUAAGGUGCACCCAAAGAGUGAAGCUAAAAAAGAGGAAGUUUCAAGAGCGUGGAGAUAGGAGAAGUAAAGGGAGGAUGCAAGACGUAUCCUUUUUAUAUACCCCUAUAAGAUACAAAGAACAUUAUGUUCAACAAUGUCGUUCAUUGCAUCAAGGAACAGAAGGGCUAUUUUAAAUCAAACAUAAGUUUCAAAGUUCAGUAUCAAUCCAAUCAUAUCAUGACCUUCGAAAUAAUUUUAGUCUGUGGUUUCUCAACCCUUCCUCCCCCCUUUAGGGACUAAGAUAAUACCUAUUACUGGCAGCUGUUUAGAGAAAAAGUAUAAAAGGGCACAUAUAUCUUCAAUAUUUUAAGCUCCUUGUAUAAAACAGACUCAACUUAAUGCUUAGUUAGAUAAUAAUGUUAAUAACAUUGUUAAUAUUGUAUAUAGUAAUGUCAAUAUCAGUGUUAAUAUUAAAAUUACAUAUAAAAAAUAAUUCAUAAAAUAUUUCAUAAUGCAUAUGAUAUAUUUGGAUAUGUAAAUUCUCAAAGGUCGAUUCACCACACACCCCUGUGCUUUAAUGCAUCACAGGUUAUUACAGAGGACAGCUACAGCACUAACUAAAUGACUAACAGCCAUUCUGAACAAACUAAAUUCUGAAGUGGUGGGCGGAGGGUGUGUCUUAAGACAGCUCUUCUUUUGUUAUGCUCUGGCAUUUACACAGCAUGGGCUUGAACCGCAGCUUCAGAAGGCGAAGCGAGUCUCAUCUGCUCUCACAUAACCGCUGACAGCGGAAAUGGAUGCGCGUUUUGCAAGUUUGAUGCGUUAAAACCAAGAGUUUCCAGGAUUCUCAUGCGGAUUAAAUCUUUGUUGUGAACAGAAUAAGUUUGGAGAUCUAAAGCGGACACGGAAUCGAUGCGGAGAUGUAACUGUAUAUUAACCCUUAUUGAAUAACUCAGCAUAAGAGCGACAGCAGCAGCCACUGAGGAACCAUUACCAUGCAGGGAUACACAUGGAGUUCAAAUCAGCAUCCUUCAACAAGGCACCAAGAUUGGCCUCCACCUCAAUACCAAGAACGACUUCCUCCUCAGUACCAAAAAUGGCAUCAACCUCAGUACCAGGAACAAUUCCCAUCUAAGUACCAUGCUGUCAAGAAUGAUCAACCCAAUGCGUUCCAGGUACAGCACAUCCCCCAACUUCAAAACACAUUACAGACAAGAUUUUCCAAUGGACAACAAGAGACUGCAAAUCAGUGGAGCACUUGCUCAGGCAGUGUGGACCCUUCUGCUUUUCAACCAAAAUCAGAUGGAUAUAAUUGGUUGAAACGGACAAACCAGAUCCAUCCCCAAUACCCAUUUGCAGCCUCCAACACACAGCAGCACUGGCAAUGUCAUGAUUCCUCUCCACAGAACUACAGAAACACAGGCUGUAGUCAAGCUCAAAUGUACCAUGGCAGCUCUGUGGGUAACAGCAGGGGUUGGAGUUCACACAUUUCCAACAAUGGCAGCUCUUGUUCCAUGAACAACCAGCAACAACUUCAGUCUCCUAGAAUGGUUCCUCUUCAUCAUCACCAUCACCAUCAUCAUCGACAACAACAACAAGGGUUCUCUAGACAAUAUUCAGGCAAAAAACGAAGACGCCACACACAAUACUCUUCUCGGGCCCAUAACAGUGGAGUCCCCCAAAAAUCUCAGAGGAGAACUGAGGCCAAUCAUACCUCAUGCAACUCUACGACACCACCUUCUGGAGCACAGAGCAAUGUUUCAUUACCUUCCAAUAACAUAAACCAAAGUCCUGUUAACCAGAACCAGCCAGAACUGGGGUCAAAUGCAGGUCCAAUUGUAUCUGCGACCCAGUCUCAGAAUAAUCAAAAUGCUGAACAUCAGUCUCAGGGCACAAGCAAUGAGACAUAUAAAACUAAUCAGACUUCUCAAAUGACACAGGCCAGUGUAGUCCAGCUUCAGUCCCAAUCUAGAACUGAGUUUAACUUGUCAGUUUACGCUGACUCAGUAAUAUAUAGAUUACUGUGUUCAAAUGACAGUAAACAAGCAAAUAAUCGGCAAUCAGAUGAAAUUGCUCAGCAGAACACUCGUCCAGAACAGUCCGAAGUUUGUGCAACCAAAAGGACUGACAAUCACUCAAAGGAACCUUUUUCUGAACCAAGAGAACAAUGUACAGUUGAACCGCCCAGUAAAAGAAUGAAGUAUGUUGUGUUUCAGAGAGACUGUCAGAACAAAGAAACAAUAGUGUCCAAAGACAUAAGUAAUUGUGGGGUGCAAUCUGCCCAACCUGGUACCCAUCAGACAAGUAGCAAUGAGAACAGACUUAAAGGAACGAGCCAACACAACAUAGAGUACAGUACGAACCCAGCAGACUGUCUUGAAAUGGUCUUUGCAUCACAGAAAGCUGCUCAGCAAACUCACAAGGCCAUUGCCAUCGUUCCACCCAUUUCCCACCACAUCUCAAAAGCUGCACCAAUGGCUGAUACCAGCCCAAAAAAAGCUGACAGUCCACUGUUAAAGAUUGAUUCUGUUUGGUCACAUGUUGAAGAAUCUAACCAACAAAAAACUGUAAAUGACAAGCUGUCUGAAUCCUCCUCACAAAUGGCUCAACAGGACAACAAAAGCCUUGAAAAUGUGACUGCAGGCAACAUGGCAGACCCUGAUACAAGCUCUGCUAGCCCAGUUGAAUGUCAAAAUGAUGUGCAGCAAAGUGACUGUGAUUCAGAUGAUCCUUCAUUUGACUUGUCCAGUGUGCCAGUGAUUGAGUACACACUGGAGAAACUGAUGGAGUUAGUGAAGUCUAUAGAGAUGACAGAGUUAUCGGCCGGAUAUCCUGAGAAAUCUCAGAGCAUUUUACAAAGGAUCUUGAAACUCUACUGGAACGGGAAAGCUUCCAAUAUGUUGGAGCCUUUGAAAUCAUUUAGAGAGGCACUGCAGUUAUCCAUAGAAUAUGCAAAGGAUUAUGGGUCUGUGGUAUUUAAAAGCAUCGAAACUGAAAACCUGAAGAAGCUAGCUCAUUGCGACAUUCUCAAACAUGAGACGUAUUCAUGGUCAGAGGAGUUCAGAUCUUCUUGGUUAAAUGUUGAUGGACAGCCAGCUGAUAUUGAAAAGGUGCUUUCAGAACCACUGUUGGAUGACAUAACUGUGUAUAAGGCAACAUCACUGUCAUUUUCAGAUAACACUGUUGUCGCUUCAGCAAGUUUAGGUGUGAAUUCCCUCACAGACAAACCUGAGGUUUCAUCCAAAGAGAAAAGUGUAAAUCCAGACACUUGCAGUCCAACAGAUCUUUUCAUACAAAAGACGGGAACUGACAGGGGGGAAGUGGCUGUGGAAAACAAUGGGCAUUCGUAUGUAGUGCUGAGAAAAGAAAGUGAGAAAGAAACAUUCAAGAAGCAAGAGGACAUCAAUCAAAACCAAAUUUUUAACAUAACACCUUUAGACAUCACACCUUCAGCUGAAAGUUCUACAGAGAAACUUACAGACCUCAGCAAUGCAAAAGAAGUAUUCAGACAAGAUCACAAGCAAACACGUGAUAAUGUUUCAGAUUCACUUUCUCUGAGUCCUGGAGACAUUGUUUCAGAUGGUGUAAAAAUCUCUGUGGUGUCUUUCUCUACUGAGACUCAUUGUAGCUCCAUGGAUACAUGGCAGGUAGAAGAUAUUUCUGAUGAUGAAAAUACAGGCAGUAAAGAGGCUCUGAAUAGCUCCUCAGACACCUGUCUUGUAGAAGAUAUUUCUGAUGAUGAAAAUACAGGCAACAAGGAGGCUCUUAAUAACACCUCAGACACCUGGCUUGUAGAAGAUAUUUCUGAUGAUGAAAAUACAGGCAAUAAAGAGGCUCUGAAUAACUCCUCAGACACCUGGCUGGUAGAGGAUAUUUCUGAUGAUGAAAAUUCUGGAAAUAAAGAUGUUCUUCUUAAUUCCUCAAACACCUGGCAAGUGGAAAACAUCUCUGAUAAUGAGAAUCCAGACAAUAUGGACACUCCUAGUAACUCCGCAGACAUAUGUGCGGUGGAAAAUAAAUCUACUGAUGAAAAUUCAAGUGAUGAUUCCUUGUUUAUGGGAAUCACGGUGCUAUCAUCUGAAGAUGCUAAAACAUUUUUUCAACAGCUUGAAAAGGAACCUGAAUGUACCAAAUCCCAAUCCAACUUUAAGUGCCCAGAUCUUAUAGUGUGCUUUGAUGCACCCAGUCAACUUAACCAGGAGUACAACAAAGCACAUACUUGCUCUCGCUGUGGUACCCAAAUUGUGAAAUCCAGUUCCACUAAUGUGACAAAGACGGACAGUGAUGCUGAUCUUUUCUGCCUCCAGUGUUGGGAACAAGCACCAAUGUUUGAGCUAGAAGAGGAGCCAUGCUCUCCUAUGACAGAUGAGGUUAAUCUUCUGGGCUCUGCUGCUAAAUCAAAUGGACUUGGUCAAAAUGAUAGUCUGCCAUGUCUCAAGUUGGAAGUCAAUGAGCCAAAUGUGGCUUCAACAAAGGAAUGCAUUGCAUAUGAAGGACUGAAAGGACAAAAAAAUGAUUGUCUGGUAAAAUCAGACCUGGGGGGAAAUUGUGGUCCACCAUCUCUUAAAAUAGAAGUCAAGGAGUUAAAUGCACCCAAUGAAGAAUGUAUUGCGGAUGAAGGACUGGCAGGACAAAAGAGUGUGGUUUUGGUAAAAUCAGAACAGGGACACAAUUGUAGUCCGCCGUCUCUUGAACUGAAAUUCAAGAAGCCAAAUGUUUCUCCACUGGAGACAUGCAUUGUAGAGGAAGGAGUGACGGGACAAAAAAGAGUCAGUAUGUUAAAAUCAGAACUGGUAAAAAAACGUAGUCCACCAUCUCUUGAACUAGAAAUCAAGGAGCCAACAGUUGCUUUGACAACAGAAUGCAUUGCAGAUGAAGGACAAAAAAGUGACAGUGUAAUACAAUCAGAACUGAGACAAAAAUGUAGUCUGCCAUCUCUUGAACUAGAAGUCAAGAUGCCAAAAGUUUCUUUUCCAGAGGAAUGCGUUGCAGAUGAAGGACUGAAAGGACUUAAAAGAGACACUGAGGCAAAAUCAAAAAUGGGACAAAAUCUUUGUUCACCAUCUCUUGAACUGAAAGUCAAGGAGUCAAAUUUUGCUUUACAAAAGUCAUGCAUUGCAGAUGAAGGACUGAUAGGUCAAAAAAGUGACUGCAUGAGAGAAUCAAAAGGACAAAAUUGUAAUCCACCAUGUCUUAAACUAGAAAUCAAGGAGCCAACUGUUACUUCAGCAGAGGACUGCACUGCAGAUAAAGGACUUGCAAGACAAAAAAUUGACAGUAUGGUAAAAUCAGUGACUGAGACGAUGUCUGAAAAUCAGGGCUCAGCUGAACGGGAGCUAACCAAGAUUCAACCAAAUAAGCAGAAAAAUGAAAAAACUGAGAAAAUUAGAGUACCCAAGCCCAAAUCGUUCACGCAAUGCAGCAAACCAUUUCCAAAGAAAAUUGCAUUUUCCAAGCAUAAGCUAAAAUCUGGUAGCACUAGUACUGGUUCUGAUGAUUAUGUGCUUUUCACUCCAGAUAUUAUAGUUAAAAAGAACUGGCCACAAAAGAAAAAUCAACCUGGUGUAUCUGCAAACAAACGCCGUAGUGGUCAGAGUCAGAACUGCAGUAAAGUGAAUAAAUUCAAAGAACACAGGAAAGAAAGACGAGAUAAUCCUGACAGAACCUCAACAAACCAUAGAGAAAACCUCCAGACAGUGACAGAGAAAGUGUCUGGUCAAUCAAGUGACACACCACCCCACGGAUCCGAAAAGAAGCUGGAGCUGCAUGGUAUUCUGUUAGUGAAUAAAAUGAAAAGAACUGAACCAAAAAAAGUGAGAUUUGAUUUAUAUGGGUCCAAAACAGAAAAGCAGUACUAUGCCCCAGAGCGGCAUUUUUCAGCCCCUGCUACCUUAACAGUCUCUGAUUGCAAAGACUAUGCCGAUGUGCUUUCUGCUAAACAAAAAGUUCACAACCAAUGGAGUAGCACCUUCAUACCUAAAACAAAGAAGACUUGUCCUCCCAGGUCACCACAGGAGGCCUCACCACAGAAGAAAACCCCACAGAAACCUCAGGACCUCUUAAAGUCAAAUAUGAGUGCACUAAGAAACCAUUUGACUCACAGAGCCAAGCUAUUAUACAGCAGUGAAAGAGAGACAGGUCACUUAAGAAAACCAUAUUUUCAUCAAAAGCUUACGAAAUCACUAAGUAGCUAACAUGUGUCCAAGUUGCUUAAUUAUUGCUUAUAUUUACUUUAAUAUGUUUACACAUAAUAGCUGUAGCUGAAAUGUGUGGCAGCUCUCUGUUGAUGACAAUGUUGAAUGUUUAUUUUAGUUUUUUAUUGUUAUUGAGAGUUAAAUGGAAAGUUUAUUUUUUUAAGGGAAUUAUUGUUUGUAAUAUACACAGUAUGUGACUGUAUGUCUUUGAUUGCAGCCAUUUUGCAAUGUUAUUUUGUAAGUAUAGUUUUAAAAUGUUUUUUUACUAUUUGAAGUACUUCUGAAUGUUGUUGCAUAAUGUAAAAUAUAAAUAUAUAUUUGUAUUUAGAAAUACAUGACUGGAAAGUUUACUGGAAAGGCCUUUGUGUCACUUAAUACAUAUUGUAAAU